AUGAAUGUGAAAAAAGGCAAGGGGCCUGUAUUCGAUGCAGGCAUUUGUAGAUGUUGUGGUACAAUUAAAAAAUGCCGUGUUCUAAAUGUGGAGUAUGAAAGUUUUGGUCAGAAAGAAAUUUAUUCUGAUAUUAUUAUGGAUUGUUUUAGUUUAUUGUUAUCACAUUUAGAUGGAAAACCAACGGAAAGACUUAUUUGUGCAACAUGUGUACAACGGCUUCGAGAUGCAUUAGCUUUUAAGAAACAAGUAUUAAAAUGUGAAGAGGCAUUUUUACAGGUUAAAAUGUACGAUGCAGAAACUAAAGAAAUAGAUACAAAACCACAAAAUGAUGAGUCAAAAGUUGAAGUGGAAGUGAAAACCGAACCUCAAGACUUAGAUUCUAUAGAAGCUCCAUAUUGUUCACCCUUAAGAGAUAUGUUAGCUGAUGAAAGCUAUGAUAUAAAAUUGGAGGCUCAUGACAGUUCAAAUGAUGAUAUACCACUAAACCAAAUAGCAGACAGAUCUAAUAAAUUGCAAAGUGAUAACGUUGUUCCAGAAGUCAACGAAGAUGUUAUACCUAAUGGAAAUGUUACCAGGAAAAUAAUUGAUAGGCCGAUGAUACCAAUGUCAAAACUUCAACAGAGAAUGAGAGAAAGAGACCCGUCGUACAUAACCGAAACAAACAUUCUAACAAUCGUUGAAUUUUCAUAUGUCUGCCCGUUCAAAUGUAGACAUAACCACCUGCUAUGCUUCUACUGUGGCGAAAACUUCUCUGACCCACAAUUACUCAGAAACCACACGAUGAGCGCCCACCAUCCAAAAAAAUUCAAGAUCACGGAACACAAAAACAUGCUCAAAAUCGAUUUAACAAGAAUCGAUUGUCGAUUGUGUCCGGAGAAAAUCGAUGAUUUAGAAACGUACAAACGUCACAUUACAACAGUUCAUCAUAAGAAAUAUUAUUUCAACAAUCGAGAUUUAAUUCUGCCGUUCAGACUCAAUAGUGAAUUAAAGUGUGCUUUAUGUGACUCGGUGUUUCCAUAUUUUCAUGCUUUGAACAAACAUAUGAACGAACAUUUUAGUAAUUAUGUAUGUGAGACCUGUGGCUUAGGUUUUGUAGAUAGGGGCAGGUUUAUAAUGCACCAGCAAAGGCAUGAAGAAGGGGAUUUCCCCUGUGAAGUGUGCGGGAAAGUGUUCAAGGCACAGUACAAUAGGGAGUUGCAUGUUGAUAGAGUUCAUAAGAAAAGAGGUAGGGUAUACUGCCCCAAGUGUGAUGUGAGACUGAUGACAUACCCUCAAAAGCUGAAACACCUGGUGGAAGUGCACGGAGAACAGCCCCUGUCAUUUCCAUGCAACCUCUGUGACCGGGUAUGUGAGACCAGACGCAAGCUGACUAUACACAGACGGAAGGAACAUUUGAAGGAUUAUAGAUAUGAAUGCCAAUUUUGUGGGCAGAAAUUCUUUACUCGUUUCUCUCUGACCAACCACAUGCCAACGCAUACCGGUGAGAGGAACUUCAAGUGUAAAGUUUGUGAGAAAACCUAUCCCAGACUCAAAACCCUAAAAGACCAUAUACGGAUACACACAAACGACAGGAGGUACAGAUGUCAUAUAUGUGGACAAGCGUUCAUACAGAAUUGCAGUUUGAAAGGACACAUGAAAAGUCAGCACCCGGAGUAUAGC